GCGACACGUUCGACACCGCCUCAAAUCGAGCAACCGCCGCGACGCGAGGAGAAGCCGACCGAAACGGGGUGGUGGGGGCCACGGAGAACGCGCCUGCGGGUGGUCUAGGAGCGCUGGCGCCGCCGCCGCCAUCAUGGGCUACGGCGUGAGCCGGCAGUCGGUGUUGCGCGGGGAAGCCGACGCUGAGCUGAGCACGGCGCUGACGCCGCGACAGGCGCAGCUGGUGCGAUCCACCUGGGCAGUGCUUUCGCAGGACCUCGCCGGCACCGGGGUGAUCGUCUUCAAGCGACUGCUGACCCGCUACCCGGAGCUGUGCCGGCUGUUCCGCAAGUUCAUGACCCUACGCGAGGACGGCAGCUACGAGUGGGACAUGGAAGGGCUGCAGCGGCACGCGCUGCUCGUCAUGCAGGGACUGGAGGCGGCCGUCGAGAACCUCGAUGACAGCCGCGUACUCGCGGACAUCCUCUACGAGCUGGGCAGAAAGCACGCCCGCUUCAACGUCCAGGAAGACAUGUUCGACAAGCUGUGGCAGGCGCUGAAGUUUGGGCUGGAAAGCACCCUGCAAGAGCGAUUCAACCGCGAGGUGGCGCAGGCCUGGUUCCUGGUGUUCCGUUUCCUGUCCCGCCGCAUCAUCGAGGGCAUGCACAAAGCCAGGGCGGCGGCGCCUCCACCUCAACAACAGCAGCAGCAACAGCCGCAGCAGCAGCCACAACCGCAACAACAGCCAGCGCCAACCUAGCCCCGUGCCAACUGCCAACGCACUAAGAAAAUGCCAAAGAACGCAAGGCUUGCACGCUUCGGAAGCUGCAACGGUGUGCAACAGUCUCCGGUGGCUGAGCAAGGUGGCCGCGCAGACGACUCUUGCUUCUCGGAUGAGCCUGUUUGUCGGCCACCGUACUUGUGUGCGUCAAAUCUAGCCAAAUCCGCCUUUUCUCAUUUUACUAGGCUGUUAUCUGCUGUUUCAGUAAAUGACAGCUCAAAACGAAAUCAUCGAAACGAAAGCCUCCGAGAUCAAGAGGCCUUUUGAGUCUUUUAUGCUAAAGGAAGGGUACAUGUGCCAUGAAAAAGGCGGAUUGAGCAAGUCAACCUCGCUGCCCUGACCUCACUGCCCUGUCCGUUAACUUGCACUGAGCAGCAAUCGGAAGGUUUCACAAGACAUUGCUAACAGAGUAAUAACAGCUUCCAGAAUUGUAAUAGUAAUGCUGUUAUUUUUAGCAUGCCUUCAGAACACAAUCAUGAUAACUGUGGCGAAGCAAUGCACAACUUUCUCCAGCAAUACGCUGUACAGAUAAUCCUUGCAGAUUCUUAUAACAGCUCGUAAUGUCGUAAAAGAGCAGAAAUAAUGUAUUGUGUUCUACAAAAUGAACUGUAACUGAAUCGAUGGGCGCGAUAGUGGUACUUUAAGAUUCAAUUUCAGAGAACAUAGGGUGUUUUUGUGCUCAACGCAAUUAAAUAUGCAUACACAAGCGACCUUGUUUUCAAUAGCUGGGAGCCAUAACAGUAAGUUCGAAACACCUGCGCGAUGAUAAAAAAAAGAAGCUAAAUCUGGUGUGUAGCUUGUAGUGUGUAUGAUGGUGGCUGUAUCGAGCAUAGCUUGGGUACUCAGCAGAAUGCUCCUUCAAUCAUUAUGCCAAAUGUGCGAAUGCAGGAUUGGAGAUUACAAGCAAGCCUGCACGACAAUCUUCUAUGGUUCCAGCUCAUCACUAGGUGAUGCGCAGGUGGAAUUGGCUUCAAGGUGCUUAGCAGCCACGUCUGCAAAAUGAGCUUGCAAAAUGUUUUGCCAUUGUAUGUUUAGAGCAACAAUCAACACAGUCAGCUGCUACAAGUUCUUUCUCAGGCGUGCUGGCUGACAGCACAUCAAUAGCGUGAGCAGCCAUGACAUUUGAAUGGCGCACAUUUUCUAUCAGGCCAGUUUGAUGACGAAUCACCACAGGCACACAGGUUGAGAACAUUGACGUGAUUUCAACAAGUACCCUCUUUUGUUUUCUUGUUCAUGCAACCACAUCAACAUUCGGGGUAACAGCACAAGGGCAUAUUCAGCAGUACAUGUUCAGUGUACUCGAGCUUCAAUUCAGCCUUGCACUGUGAUCUGGUUGUGCCCGAGUUAGCUAAUGUUGUGAGGCAACCACCCCGAAAAAGCAUUGGUCUCAGCUUCAGUGCGAGUAUCAGGAUGAAUGCACCAUUAAUUGUGAGGAUUUAUCUUCGUAACUUCGUGUCACUGGGAUGGCAAGUGCAUAGCAAUUAUCCUUCCACAAACGUUUCUUCGAUUUGCAGGCUUCUGACGCUGUUGAGCUACAUUCAGUAGCCGUACCUUUCCGUUAGGCUGCUCAGCUCAAGGUAGCUCCGUCAUUCUGGCCAACUCCUCAACUUGCACAAACGCCUUGACGCAGUUCUUGGACACACUACAGUACGAUGGCCGAAAUUGUGCUGCCAUCUGGUGAACUGAGGCUGACAUACAAGCGGGUAACACAGGUGGGCAUUCAGCGCGUGCACUCUGAUCCACGUCCUUUUGUCUCCCUUGUGUCUCAGCGCUGAAAUGCCGGAGCGCCACUGGCGCCAAGACGGGCAGCUCGAAGUAUGUGUGCCCUGCCUUUGUACGAGUGUCCGCGGCAUCGCGUCACGCCAGUGACACCGUGGGCGUAUCAUGUCAGGUGCACUUUCAUGUAACAUGCGGCAAAGGAGGUGUACACGUGUCGCGAAUAGGCGCGGUGUCCAUGAUUCGCACACUCGCCAAACCCUGCAGCUAUUCUGCCGUGCUGGUGCUCUUUUCAUUUUUUUCGUUCCUGUUCCUCACCCUCAUGCGACAUCAUAGCGAUUUAACGUUCACCAGAGUUUUGUAAAAAAAGCUAAGGGAACAUUGUUGUUGUUGUAUGUGCUGUAUGACUGUGUUACGCUUGUCGUCUGGUUUCUGCGUAUGAUUACACUGGUGUGCGUAUGUCAACUGGCUUCGUGCGAUGACAGGAUGUGUUAAAGGCUGACUGCAACAAAGUUUUUAAAACUUGAAAAGCCUUGUUAUUGACAAUUUAAGAGAAAAGUGGGCCUUUCCAGCAAAAUUUAAAACUAGCAACAGGUGAACACAUCAGCAGUUAGAAACUAGCAAAUGGCACACAAAUGUAACAUUAACAACUGAGAAUCAAAGGUUGUGGCAAUCAAAGUGUUCAGGGAGCAACGAUCGAGCUUUAGUGAGUAGGUGUAAUCAUUGUGUGAGCAAGGUUCUGGAACAUGCGUUGUAUCUGCUCAGCCUUGGACGAGACUGCCGUCUGCUAAAAUGCUGCACUGUCUGCUAAGGGCUUGUUUAAAGGUCAUUGAACCGUAGCAAAACAUCAGACAACUAGCAGCACUGCUGGAUUGGCAAGAUUACCUACUCAGGUGGCCACAUUCAUACUCAUCAAUAACCAAUUUAGCACAAGAGAAAUUUCGUUGCAGUUGGUACUUACUGCCGCAAGGAAGCUGCUAUCACAUGUUGUAGACAUGUUGUAAACCACCUUCGUACUGUAUAUGUGAAGGGUGCUAGACAAAAAGGUCGUAGGCCAGCUUAAUCAUUACCUAAGGUGCCAUGCAGGGUCAACGCUUGGAAAGGCGUUAGGUCCUGACACCGCACCACAGGUUUCCUAGUGAACAUGUCAAUUGGAAAAGCUGCAGCGGCACCCAAAACAUUUACAGCGUGAAAUAUACACGGCAUGAUCAAAAUGUGCACAAGCAGAACCAAAUUACCAAGCUGUGGCAAUCACCAGCAGAGGGUUUGUAUGUACCUGAUGAAAGAAACCUUAAGUCCACCACCUUCUCGAUUGCGGUAGAGAACCUGGCAAAAGAAAGUGCCGUCUACAGAAAGAAAAAAAAAGGAACAUUUGUUUCUUGCGUAUUUAUAGAUGCGAGCACUGUGAGAAGAGAUAUAACUACUAUAUAGUGCACCAGUACUACUAUUUUGAAAUGCCUCAAUGUCUACAAAGUAUAUGACCAAAUACCGACCAUAAUAACGACACAAGAGCGCACAAAAAUUAAUGUUUCGCACGACAUACCAAAGAUAUGUAUUCUGAAUAAAAGCAUAGAGAAAAAGAAAUUGUGUU